AAAAAAGGAAACUCUCUCUCCCUCUUUCUCUCUCUCUCUCUCUCCUCUGUUCUCCAUCGCAGUCAAUGGUGGCUUCGGAUGCUUAACUUUUAGCUCCUCUGUGAGUGGCCGCAGCUUCGAAGACUUUUGUCCAUUUGAUACGUAAACAUUUGCCUUCAUUUACGCUUCCAAUUUUCAUUCAAUUCCUUCCGGUGAUCGGAAUCGUUACUUCCACCGGAAUCACAAGAACCUUCUACCUAGGGUUUCACUUGUCUGUAUCCUGAAAGGGGAAUGUCAAUCUAAAACUUAUAUGCUGAAAUCCAAAGGUCUGAACUGCACGAUGUCUACUGAGAAUUCAGUGAUUAAACAACAGGAGAAGGAUUGCAAUGAAGAUCAAAAGUUGAAUUCUGUGAAACAAGAUAAAGAUUAUUUGCAAGAUGAUAACGUUGAUGCAAAAGCUUUAUCUGUAGUAUCUGAAAUUGAACAAGUGGAGAAGACUUCAUCGUAUAAGAUACCUGAUAAUAAAGCAUCACUUGAAGAUGGAUAUAACUGGAGAAAAUAUGGGCAGAAACAUGUUAAAGGGAACGGAUUUGUACGAAGUUAUUACAGAUGUACAUAUCCUAAUUGCUUGGCGAAAAGACAAAUUGAGAGAUCCUGUGAUGGUCCGAUUACUGAUACGGUUUAUCUUGGGCAGCAUGAACAUCCUAAGCCGCAAGCUAGUCCUCGAGUUUCUGUAGGUUUGGUUACGUCUGAUCAACCUAAGGAAGGAGAUGAGACUGCUUUUUAUUCUAGAAAUGAGCCUCUUGCAAUUGCUGUUGUAUCAAGUAAUGAUGAUGCUGUCGAAGGCUCGCUUUCACAUUCUUAUAAAACGAGGGACGAAAUUGAUGAUAAUGUUGAUCAUGAUGCUAAGAGGCUGAAAAAGGAUGUUGGUAACAACGAUGAAACUUCAGCAGGAAGAACAAAUGUGACGGUUUCCAGGCUGGUUGUUCAGACUCGGAGUGAGGUUGAUUUGGUGAAUGAUGGUUACAGGUGGCGCAAAUACGGGCAGAAAAUGGUGAAAGGAAGUCCGAAUCCAAGGAGCUACUAUAGGUGUUCAAAUGUGGGAUGUCCGAUGAAGAAACAUGUGGAGAGAUCAUUGACUGAUCAAAAAGUUGUUGUUACUACAUACGAGGGAGAACACGAUCACGUCAUGCCCCCAGGAAGAACUGUAACCCCUAACAUGGCCGCGGCUGCAACAACAACAACAUCCAAAACAAAGGAAAAAGAUGCGGUUCUUGACAUGGUUGUUCAUGUUAGUGCAAACACUUGAUGAUAAACUUCUUGGUUUCUUUUCAUUUUUUAUUGUGGAAAUAAGUUUUUAGCUGCCCCCAGUUAGUAAGUAACUGAUUGAGUCUGGUUUUCUAAUUCUGGUAUAUAAAGGUUGGUUGGUUGGGUUUAACUUUUUAUUGUGUGUAAUUAAUUACUCUCUAGAUAGAUUAUGCUCUCAAUUAAUAAAAUGUAGCAUAUGAAUUUACCCUU